AUGAAGAAAUCUUCAUUGAUUUAGGUAUUGUUUUUGUUAUGCUUGCCACAAGGUAACGAUAGAUUUAAUAGAUUUUUAGCUUAACAAUAUUUUUGACUUCGAAGGAGUAAUAAAAUUACAUUCCCUUCAAGAAUUGUAUAAUUUGGAUACAGAAAGCCUAGAUUGUUCUCCAAGCCUGGAAUAAGUGAGCAAGUCUAUGGAAGCUUGGCAGGAAAUUCUUUCUAACCCUGAUUAGAUAGAGAAUGAUAUUGAUCAGUUACAAAAACUUUAAAUUGCUGUGCAUGAUUACAGAGAAUCAGAAGGGUAGAAGAAAAGUAUACAUAAUUAUAUAUUUUAGCUUUGUUAGAAUAUCAUAGGACAAAGGGUUAUUGUGCAUUUGUGGAAGAAAGAGAUUCCUUUUUCCACUAAUGGAGAGAAUAUGAUCAAAAUUAAUUAGAUCGUUAAAUAACAUUAUUAGAUGCUGCUUCCUCAUAAAAAGAUGCAGAUUAAUGUUGUGAUAAAAUUGGGGAAUUAAUUAAUAAGAUCUUAAGUGAAAGAGAAUAAAUAAGAGACUAAUUUAAAAAAUCGUCGGUAAUUAUUAAAUCAAAUAUCUAGAUUAAAAUUAAUAUCAUAAAUUCUUAAUCUGAUAGAGUGCAAAAUAAAGUUGAAUCAUGUUUUCAGAAUGGUGCUGUAUUAAAAGAAAAUUAAUAAUAAGUGUUUAUCACACCUGAACAAAGGAGGUGCUUCUGAAUUUGAAAAAGAACCGGUUAGUGCUUCAGCAUUAGUUAGUUCAUCUGAUUCUGAAGAUGAUGAGGAAACUUUGAAUAAAAAAUAAUCAUCAGAUUUUACAGAGGAUAAACCUAUUAAAAUUACAGAAGUUGAUGAGAAAGGAGAGGACUUGCUCGAAUAUGGAUAUGGUUAUUGGGCUAGAUUUAUGUUGGCUUAUCCAAAGUUCAUGCCUAAAGGUAAAAAUGCACCAUGGUACUUUGUUUCAAGAUUGUCUGCUAAUAAGAAUACGGCUGAUCUUAUUAUGGGAGACAGGCUAUUAGCUAUAUGGUUAGGUAAGGGGUUCUAUCAUUUCGCAACAUGUGAUUAACCAGAAAUUCAACCCAAUAUUGUGAAGAAUGUUGAUUACCCAGUAAAUUUGCAUAGUAUUUGGACAUACAUUUACUAUUCAUAUAGUACAGAAAAGAAAAAAGCAGUUGCUUAUAUUACAUUUGGAGAAAUGAUUUUAAGAAAAUUUAACAUUAAGUUAUCCAUCCAACAACAAAAUUUGUUAGAUUUACUGUUGGUGGUACAGAUAAUAAGAGAAACCCAGGAUUUAAUGGUUUAUUAAGUGCAAUAUAUUUCAGCACUAAGAAAGGAGUCUACAUUGAUAAUUUUGAAGAUAUGUAAGCCAAAUUAUAGUCCAUGAAAAGAAUACCAAAAAAAAUUAUUCCUGACAUUGUUACAUUUAGAGUAACAACCAAUCAUAUCUCAAGGAAAUCUGAAGACAGAGAAAUACAUUAAAUUAUUGGUACCACUUCAACUCCCAAAUUUCCUCAUGAGUAUGGCAUAAGUGGAUGGUUCAAAUGGAUGCCAACUGAUAAUUAACAAGAUUGGCAUACCAUCUUCAGAGUUUAGAUUCAAACUACAUCAACUGACAUAUAUUUAAUAUAUUUAGGAGUUAGAACCUUAUCAGCUUGGGUUAGAAAAUCAGAUGGAGGCAAUAUUCAUUUACCUACUUACACUAUAACAGACCUUGAGGUUAAUGGGAAUGCGAAUCUUUUUAAAAACAUUCCUCAUAAAAAAAAAAUAAUCAAUGGUUCUUUCUUUACUUUGGAUACUCUAGACCNAACUUAUAGUUUAUAAAUGAAGUAAUUACCUAAUUUCAAAUAGCUGUCUUGUAAUCCUUUAAUAAUCUUUGGGUUAUCGAGUGGUGAGUAGGUCAGUCAUUUAAGUAUUGAAAUAACAAUUAUCUAAGACCAUUUCGGGAUUACAAAAUCAAUAGAGAAAAAUUGAUAAAUUUUUAAUAUUUAAUUAUUAAUUCAGAGAUGCUGUCAUAAAUUUAUAACUUUAAUUGUCGAUAUUUUUUUUUGGUAUUUUAAUUUGAGUAAAAGUUUCUUUAUUAGACCUCAGUGGCACAUUAAAUAUGUUAUAAAAUCUGUUUGCUGAUAUUAAUAAUUAAAAUCACAGCUCGAUUCAUAAAAAAACGUAUUAAAUCCCUAUUCUUAUAUUUCGUCUUUAGAUUUAGAAAUAAGUUAUAAUUUUAUAUUAUUAUGAAGAAAUCUUCAUUGAUUUAGGUAUUGUUUUUGUUAUGCUUGCCACAAGGUAACGAUAGAUUUAAUAGAUUUUUAGCUUAACAAUAUUUUUGACUUCGAAGGAGUAAUAAAAUUACAUUCCCUUCAAGAAUUGUAUAAUUUGGAUACAGAAAGCCUAGAUUGUUCUCCAAGCCUGGAAUAAGUGAGCAAGUCUAUGGAAGCUUGGCAGGAAAUUCUUUCUAACCCUGAUUAGAUAGAGAAUGAUAUUGAUCAGUUACAAAAACUUUAAAUUGCUGUGCAUGAUUACAGAGAAUCAGAAGGGUAGAAGAAAAGUAUACAUAAUUAUAUAUUUUAGCUUUGUUAGAAUAUCAUAGGACAAAGGGUUAUUGUGCAUUUGUGGAAGAAAGAGAUUCCUUUUUCCACUAAUGGAGAGAAUAUGAUCAAAAUUAAUUAGAUCGUUAAAUAACAUUAUUAGAUGCUGCUUCCUCAUAAAAAGAUGCAGAUUAAUGUUGUGAUAAAAUUGGGGAAUUAAUUAAUAAGAUCUUAAGUGAAAGAGAAUAAAUAAGAGACUAAUUUAAAAAAUCGUCGGUAAUUAUUAAAUCAAAUAUCUAGAUUAAAAUUAAUAUCAUAAAUUCUUAAUCUGAUAGAGUGCAAAAUAAAGUUGAAUCAUGUUUUCAGAAUGGUGCUGUAUUAAAAGAAAAUUAAUAAUAAGUGUUUAUCACACCUGAACAAAGGAGGUGCUUCUGAAUUUGAAAAAGAACCGGUUAGUGCUUCAGCAUUAGUUAGUUCAUCUGAUUCUGAAGAUGAUGAGGAAACUUUGAAUAAAAAAUAAUCAUCAGAUUUUACAGAGGAUAAACCUAUUAAAAUUACAGAAGUUGAUGAGAAAGGAGAGGACUUGCUCGAAUAUGGAUAUGGUUAUUGGGCUAGAUUUAUGUUGGCUUAUCCAAAGUUCAUGCCUAAAGGUAAAAAUGCACCAUGGUACUUUGUUUCAAGAUUGUCUGCUAAUAAGAAUACGGCUGAUCUUAUUAUGGGAGACAGGCUAUUAGCUAUAUGGUUAGGUAAGGGGUUCUAUCAUUUCGCAACAUGUGAUUAACCAGAAAUUCAACCCAAUAUUGUGAAGAAUGUUGAUUACCCAGUAAAUUUGCAUAGUAUUUGGACAUACAUUUACUAUUCAUAUAGUACAGAAAAGAAAAAAGCAGUUGCUUAUAUUACAUUUGGAGAAAUGAUUUUAAGAAAAUUUAACAUUAAGUUAUCCAUCCAACAACAAAAUUUGUUAGAUUUACUGUUGGUGGUACAGAUAAUAAGAGAAACCCAGGAUUUAAUGGUUUAUUAAGUGCAAUAUAUUUCAGCACUAAGAAAGGAGUCUACAUUGAUAAUUUUGAAGAUAUGUAAGCCAAAUUAUAGUCCAUGAAAAGAAUACCAAAAAAAAUUAUUCCUGACAUUGUUACAUUUAGAGUAACAACCAAUCAUAUCUCAAGGAAAUCUGAAGACAGAGAAAUACAUUAAAUUAUUGGUACCACUUCAACUCCCAAAUUUCCUCAUGAGUAUGGCAUAAGUGGAUGGUUCAAAUGGAUGCCAACUGAUAAUUAACAAGAUUGGCAUACCAUCUUCAGAGUUUAGAUUCAAACUACAUCAACUGACAUAUAUUUAAUAUAUUUAGGAGUUAGAACCUUAUCAGCUUGGGUUAGAAAAUCAGAUGGAGGCAAUAUUCAUUUACCUACUUACACUAUAACAGACCUUGAGGUUAAUGGGAAUGCGAAUCUUUUUAAAAACAUUCCUCAUAAAAAAAAAAUAAUCAAUGGUUCUUUCUUUACUUUGGAUACUCUAGACCNUAGAAUAUCAUAGGACAAAGGGUUAUUGUGCAUUUGUGGAAGAAAGAGAUUCCUUUUUCCACUAAUGGAGAGAAUAUGAUCAAAAUUAAUUAGAUCGUUAAAUAACAUUAUUAGAUGCUGCUUCCUCAUAAAAAGAUGCAGAUUAAUGUUGUGAUAAAAUUGGGGAAUUAAUUAAUAAGAUCUUAAGUGAAAGAGAAUAAAUAAGAGACUAAUUUAAAAAAUCGUCGGUAAUUAUUAAAUCAAAUAUCUAGAUUAAAAUUAAUAUCAUAAAUUCUUAAUCUGAUAGAGUGCAAAAUAAAGUUGAAUCAUGUUUUCAGAAUGGUGCUGUAUUAAAAGAAAAUUAAUAAUAAGUGUUUAUCACACCUGAACAAAGGAGGUGCUUCUGAAUUUGAAAAAGAACCGGUUAGUGCUUCAGCAUUAGUUAGUUCAUCUGAUUCUGAAGAUGAUGAGGAAACUUUGAAUAAAAAAUAAUCAUCAGAUUUUACAGAGGAUAAACCUAUUAAAAUUACAGAAGUUGAUGAGAAAGGAGAGGACUUGCUCGAAUAUGGAUAUGGUUAUUGGGCUAGAUUUAUGUUGGCUUAUCCAAAGUUCAUGCCUAAAGGUAAAAAUGCACCAUGGUACUUUGUUUCAAGAUUGUCUGCUAAUAAGAAUACGGCUGAUCUUAUUAUGGGAGACAGGCUAUUAGCUAUAUGGUUAGGUAAGGGGUUCUAUCAUUUCGCAACAUGUGAUUAACCAGAAAUUCAACCCAAUAUUGUGAAGAAUGUUGAUUACCCAGUAAAUUUGCAUAGUAUUUGGACAUACAUUUACUAUUCAUAUAGUACAGAAAAGAAAAAAGCAGUUGCUUAUAUUACAUUUGGAGAAAUGAUUUUAAGAAAAUUUAACAUUAAGUUAUCCAUCCAACAACAAAAUUUGUUAGAUUUACUGUUGGUGGUACAGAUAAUAAGAGAAACCCAGGAUUUAAUGGUUUAUUAAGUGCAAUAUAUUUCAGCACUAAGAAAGGAGUCUACAUUGAUAAUUUUGAAGAUAUGUAAGCCAAAUUAUAGUCCAUGAAAAGAAUACCAAAAAAAAUUAUUCCUGACAUUGUUACAUUUAGAGUAACAACCAAUCAUAUCUCAAGGAAAUCUGAAGACAGAGAAAUACAUUAAAUUAUUGGUACCACUUCAACUCCCAAAUUUCCUCAUGAGUAUGGCAUAAGUGGAUGGUUCAAAUGGAUGCCAACUGAUAAUUAACAAGAUUGGCAUACCAUCUUCAGAGUUUAGAUUCAAACUACAUCAACUGACAUAUAUUUAAUAUAUUUAGGAGUUAGAACCUUAUCAGCUUGGGUUAGAAAAUCAGAUGGAGGCAAUAUUCAUUUACCUACUUACACUAUAACAGACCUUGAGGUUAAUGGGAAUGCGAAUCUUUUUAAAAACAUUCCUCAUAAAAAAAAAAUAAUCAAUGGUUCUUUCUUUACUUUGGAUACUCUAGACCAUUAUAAAAGGCUAAAGCUUACAUCAAAUGGACAGAUUCAGAAGAUCAUUAAGAAUAUGAAAAUAUUAGACAUUUCACUGUUCCUAAAUUUUACAUUUUUGUUGGAAUAGAUAAACAUUUUCCAGGAUUCAAUGGAGAAAUUGCUAUGGUUGCAUUUAAUAUUGGAGAAGGUUCAUUUAGACCAGGAAAUGAGUUCAGGGCUAAAAACGAUGCUUUCAAUAUAUUAAUUGGAUCAAAACAAUUGUUAGGAAAAUAACCAGAUGACCAAGUUAAGGAAAAAGAUGAUGGUGAUUAUGAUAAUGGCAUAACUAUUACAAGUUCUACUGAUGAUAAUAAACCUUAAAUUGAUGAAACCAAAGAAUCUUAAGAAUACUUAGCAGAAUAUGGUUAUGGAUUUUGGGCGAGAUUUUUAACUGCUUAUCCAGUUAGAUUACUUGAUGGAAAGAAUGCUCCAUAGUACUUCAUCUCUAGAUUGACAUCUAACUCAAACUAUGGAAAUAUUGCUAUGGGAGAUAGAACUUUAGCUAUUUGGUUAGGACAAGGAUUUUAUCAAUUCACAACAUGCGAUAAGAAAACUAAUAAUCCAAACGUUAUGUAAAAUAUCGAUUUUCCAAAUGAUAUUGAAGGUGUUUGGACUUACAUUUAUUACUCAUAUAGUGCGAAGGAAAGAAAGGCUAUUGCAUUCAUUAAAUAUGGCUACUUAGAACCAAGAUCAAUCAUUCACAAUGUCAAUCACCCAUCUACUAUCUAUGCGAGAUUCGUCUUAGGUGGAAAAGACAGCAAUAGGUAUCCAGGGUUUAAUGGUUUACUCAGUUAAAUCGUUUUCUCUGUAAAAAAUGGAGCCUUCCUUGAUACUGAAGAUGAUUUUCAUAAUCACAUCUCUAAAACAAUAAUCCUAGUUCAUGAUUUGGAUGGAUAAUAUCAACAUGAAUUAGUUGAAGAUACUAUUUCAAGAAAAGUCAAUGAAAAUCCAAUUUAUGAUGAAUUAGGUGGUGGAGCUUAAAGUUUCCCACAUGAAUAUGCAAUAAGUGGUUGGUUCAGAUGGGAAAAAACUUAAUAAGAAGUUUGGCAUAAUGUUUUCAAAGUUCAAAUAAGCAAACCAUCAACUGAUAAAUUCUUAGGUGACAGAACUCUUUCAUUCUGGAUUGGUACAGCUUAAGGUGAUAUAUUACAUUUCCCAACUUACACAAACACGAAUAUGAAUGGAGCUGGUGAUCCAAAUCUGGGUGGCAAUAUUGUUCACAGAGAUAGAAAUUUGGAAUGGUUUUUUGUUUACUUUGGAUACUCUAAAAAUGAGAAAAAAGGAUUUUUUGGAGUGAAAUUCACAGGAGGCAUUGAGACAAUUGAAUACAAUAAUGUCAAUCAUUACUACACUCCUUAUUUCUACAGAUUCAUUGGCAAAGAUAAACAAAAUCCAGGAUUUAAUGGUAAAAUUGGUUAUGUUAGCUUUGUUUUGGGAAGUGGUACUUUCAGAAAGACUCCUUAUUUUAAGCAUCUUAAAGAUAUUUUUGGAUUUGAAAAAGGAUAAUCAACUUUAGUAAUAAAGAGAGAUUAAAAGAAACGAUAACCUAUUACAGAUGAAACUGGUCAAUAAUAAUUUCCAAGUGCAUACAAUCAAAAUAGUCCUUAAAUGAUCGAAGAAUUCAUAUCUGAAGUUUCAUUUACUGAAUAUGGAUAUGGAUUUUGGGCAAGAUUUUUAACAGCAUAUCCUGUCAAAUUACCUAAUGGAAAGAAUGCUUCUUGGUAUUUUAUGGCAAGAUUGACAUAACAUGAAUAUUAUGAAAAUAUUAGAAUGGGAGACAGAAUCUUAACAAUCUUUUAAGGUUAAGGAUACUAUCAUUUCGCGACCAUUAAUAUCCAGACAGAUGAUCCUGUGAUUAGAAAUAUUAACUAUCCUGCUGAGAUUGAAGGUAUUUGGACACAUUUCUAUUUCUCUUACUCAAAUACAGGAAAGGCUGUUGCAAUUGUUAAAUUUGGUGAAUUGGAUCCAGUAUUAGCUGAAUUCCCUGUAAAACACCCAGAUUUGAAAUAUCUUAAAUUUAUUUUUGGAGGAAAAGAUUAAAAUAGAUAUCCAGGUUUCAAUGGAUAAUUUACUUAAGUAUUCUACUCAACAUCAGUUGGUGCUUUUAUUGAUUCCGUUGAUAGUUAUAAUAAAUUCCUUGCUGAUAAAACCUCUCCACUUAAAGGCGGAAAGGUUCCUCUCUCGACCACAAGAAUCAUUGAUUCCUAAAUUGAUAGAUAAGUUAACUCAGAUCCAUUCAAGACCACAGUCGAAACAAUCUUCCCUAAAGAAUAUGCAUUUUCUGGCUGGUUCAAAUGGACAAGACCUACUACAUUAUAACCAUGGCAUAAUCUUUUUAGAGUUUAAAUUAACACACCAUCCACAGACAAUGAUUUGGGAGAUCGAACUUUGGCUGGUUGGGUAGAAAAUGGAGGAAUAAUCUAUUUGGCAACAUACUCAUACAGAAAUAUGAAUGGAGAUGGAUUAAAUAAUUUACCAUAAGAAGCUUGA